CGUGCUAGACAUUCCACCUUACUUAGAAAAUACACAUGGUAGGAUAAUUCAUGAUGUGACAUGCAAAGUACUAAUACAUUGUGUGAGACUUGAAUAAUAUUUCUCAAGAACACUUGCACUUUCUUUCAUUUCCAAUUUAAUAUAUAUUUCUACAUUUAAUACUAUUUUUAUCAUGGUAUAAGAGCCAAAUUCUUGAAAAAAUAGUGUAUUCCUGAUCACUCAAAAUUCCUGAAAAUAGUAUCUCUUAUCCUUUUAUCAAACAAUGGCGGUCGAUGCUGAGACCAAAGCUAACAGUCAAAAUUUCGAGGGCAUAGUGAUUGAUUCUAUGUCACCUUAUUUCAUUCAAUCUGGAGAUGAGCCCGGAGAUGUGUUCGUCACCUCAAUUUUACGUGACGGUAACUACGACGAUUGGCUCGAUGAGAUGAGUAAUGCCCUUUAUGCAAAAAAUAAGUUUGGCUUCGUGAAUGGUGAUAUUCCGAUGCCUAAAUCUGAUUCACCAUACCUCCCGCAUUGGCAACGAGCAAAUGCAAUGGUGAAUGCUUGGUUAAACAGUAGCAUGGACGUUGAACUUAGGCAAAGUGUGAAGUUCAAAACGGCCCGGGAGAUAUGGGUAGAUUUGCGAGAACGAUUUGAGAAGGAGAGUGCACCUCGAGCAUAUGAACUCCGAUGUAUCCUUGGUUCCACCCGGCAAGAAGGUCGGUCAAUAUCCGCCUACUUUAGCCGAUUAUGUCGUGUGUGGGAUGAGAUGGUAUACUAUCCAUCAACACUCAACCAAAAUGCUCAUGUGAGGGUCACUUGCAACAUCUCUAAACAAAUGACGGACUCUCGCGAUAGAGACCGACUUUACAAUUUUUUGAUGGGUCUAGAUGACGCUUACGGGCAACUAAAAAGCCAAAUUCUUGCUACUAGACCGGUUCCCACCCUCACUGCCGCAUAUCAUCUCGUCUCGGAAAACGAACAUCACCGAUCCAUUGCAUCCUCUCGCAAGCCGGGCACUGGUGGUGUGGCGUUCUUCACACGACCGAAGAUGGAAAUCACCCCAAGUCGACGUACAAACCCAAAAGAGGCUAGAAGCUGCUCCUAUAGUCCUAUUGUGGAAAAAUUAAUCACACGUAUAAAACGUGUUUUGAGAGGCUGGGAUAUCCUCCUAAUUGGAAUCUUAAGUCUAAAGUGAAUAAAAUAAUAAGAGGGAGUGGUGAACCCAACAUCUCUUUUCAACGGCCGAACAUAAGUCAAGAAAAAUUCAGCCAAUUUCCAACACGUGUUGCACACGUGUACAGCCAGCAAAAAUCUGAAUUUAUAUUAUCUGAUGUCCGGUUGCAACGAUUGGCCAAAUUUAUGAAAGAAGAAAUAAAGGACCCAACGUCCGACCAAUCCUCUUCUGGUGUCCAAAUUAAUAUGGCAAGUACAUCAUCAAGGCGUCGUGUUUGGAUAAUAGACUCCGGAGCAAGUGAACAUAUUAUUUGUAAUAAUGAUGGUCUCGUUGAUAUUCAAACACAUGCAUCAAUAAUCUGUCAAAAUUCCAAAUGGUGACACGGCUCAUGUCCAAGCUAUUGGAAGUUUGGAUUUAUUCAAAGGAUAGUUUUAUACAUCCGAAAUUUUAAUGCAACUUGCUCUCAGUUAAUCGCUUAAUAAGUGAUUUCAACUGCACACUCACAUUUUUU